GCUCAACUCCCGAGUCCGUAACCCAUUCCUAAAGAUGGAGGAAGACGAAGUCCUAGAACUCUUCGAGAUCCAGCACUCCGAUCUGAAGCUUCUAUCGUCGCCACCAUCAUGUUCGCGCCUAGAGAAGAUGAUAAUGGAGAACCUGGGCCCAACGGGUCCUGGUCUCCUCGCCGUCACCGGCGUCCCCAAUGCUUCUCUUCUACGGCGGAAGCUCCUCCCUCUCGCUCGCAAGCUCGCCCUUCUCAGCCCUGACGAUCGCAAGCGCAUCCUCAAAGAGCAUAACUUGGGAAGUGAUGUUCCUUUGAAGAAUCCAGAGAGAAAUGUGUCAUCUUUUGCAAUGCAACUCAGAUAUGAUCAAGGUCUGGAGUCCAUUGAAACUAAACCAAAUAGUGCAGAAAUAGCUCAGAACUCGAGUUUAUCACUGGAUAAUUUAGAUGAAGAUAUGAAGGGGCAAUUCAAGAAUCUUGGGGCAGUGUUUAAGGAGUUAGGUUCUUGUAUGAUGGAGCUGGGGCUUUGUUUUGCACGAAUAUGUGAUUGGGCCAUUGGCGGGCAUGAGCUCGAGCAAAGCUUAUUGGAAUCAUGCUCUGCUAAAGGCCGCCUUAUACAUUAUCAUUCGACACUAGAUAGCCUUGUUCUGAAACAGGCUGGAAGAAAAAGGGGGUCUGCUAAGAAACAGGCUAACAAUAAGAUAGUUGGCGGGAAAAAACACUCAGAAGGCUGGCACUUGGAUGAAAAAGGUGAUGAAGCAGGUCCAUGUGGAAUUCAUUCUAACUUAUGGCAGCAGUGGCAUUAUGACUAUGGUAUCUUCACUGUGCUGACUGAUCCCAUGUUUCUUUCAGCAUCCCAUUCGCAGGAGACAACAGCAGAUGAUGAGUAUUUAGUAUCUAGCUAUGAAGAAUGCGGCUCGCCCAGUGGGCACUCCUACUUGCAGAUUUAUGACCCUAACAAGAAUAAGGUCCUAAUGGUGAAGUCCUCACCCAAAAGUUUCAUAGUUCAGGUAGGGGAAUCAGCAGAUAUCUUAUCGAAAGGAAGGCUAAGGUCGACCCUUCACUGUGUACGGAGACCAUCAAAGUUGGAAAGCUUAAGUAGAGAAACAUUUGUUGUCUUUUUACAGCCAGCAUGGAGCAAAACAUUCUCAGUUUCAGAUUAUCAUAUGGAUCAUGGUGGCUUUGGUCAUCAGAAAUUGAAGGAAUCUGAGGAAGAUGGACUCUCUAAUCAGGAAGGAAAUACAUUGAGUCAAGAAAUUCAAAAGAUAGUUCCACCACUUUCUGCACGACUGAAGGAUGGGAUGACAUUUGCUGAAUUCUCACGUGAAACUACCAAACAAUAUUAUGGCGGCAGUGGUUUGCAAUCAAAUCGAUGAAAAGCUCCUUGGAUUUUCCUGCUCUCUAGUGUCUAGAUUUUAGUUUGUGGUAGGAAUUCCAAUCAUUUCUCGUCUUUAAUUCAUAUCAGGUAUCCCACAAUUUUGCACCCAUUUUCAAGCGCAUUCAUGCUUGUAUGGUUGCUUUGAUUUUCAGUUUGUGGAAAAAAUUAUAAGCAUUGGGAUUUCUGUAAUGUCAUUUUUAAGCUCCCAGCAGCUAACUGUAGAUAUUCAUUUUCAUUUAAUAUUUGAUGUUUCUCUACUUGUAUUUUCAUUUUCAGAUACCAUCAUGUUCUGUGGAUCUACAGACAGCAAAGCUUGAGUGGAAGAUAGACCAAGUUCUUUGUGUCGCAGUCUUUGGUUUCUAAUCUAAACACACAUACAAGAAGUACACAAUGUAAAGCUAUGGAAUUAAUGGAAUAUAUUACUAGAAUUUAA